AUGGAUCCAGUCGGCUACCACAGCAGCAACGGCGCGUCACCCGCCAGCUCUACGCCCGGAUCACCUGCAUCAGGGCCACUGAGGCGGGUUCCCGCUCCCGGUAGCGGCCUUGCCCAGGGACGAAGCACGGGCUCGCAAUACCGUUCCAGCUUCGCUGGCGUUGUUGGGCUGGAAAUGCUUCCCAGCCCAGCACACACGCCUGUCGACAGACGCUCCAGCCGCGUGUAUGGUUCGCAGAUGCACGCGCGCUCCGACUCCCUCACACCACGACCACAGAGUGCAGGGGGUGGUGGCGCCUCCGGGCCCGGCAGCCUCCGGAGCGUGCGCAGCUCGAACCACAUGAGAAAUGAGAGUCCGAUUCGGGGCCCACCCACUCCGCAGAGCGCCACGCCCAACAGUGCGAGCCAUACCCGGAACGCAAGCAGCACCUUUGACGAUAUCCUCAAGGAUAUGAGCAACCAGAAGGACGGAAGCAAGAAGGCACCUAAGAAGAAGUUCGGGCUCUAGGGGGGCCUGGAGUCUCUUUCCGAGGUUGGCGAGGCUGCGUUCAGCUCUGGUUGCCGAGUGGACAAGG